GGAGCCGGGAGCGACGGGGAGCGCUGGAUCGCGUUGGGGCUGCGCGCCCGCCGGGGGAAACUUCGGGGAGCCCUACCCAGCGGGCGCCCGCCGCUCAGGCACUUCGCUUCCGUGGGGCGCCUUGCCCUAAUCCGGCACAAUUUAACAUGGAUACCAAGAAUCCGGACCUCAGUUCUUCAAUCAGUGGACCGCCUGUGAGGAAUUGCAGUGCCCAUAUAAGCACCUGUAACAUGGAGACCAACAUUUCCUAUGUGGAUUUUUACCUUCACCAGCCACUGGUAGCAGCGGUCUUCAUCAUCUCCUACCUUUUCAUCUUCCUCCUGUGUAUGAUCGGCAAUGGAGUGGUGUGUUUCAUUGUCCUGCGGAGUAAACACAUGCGGACCGUCACCAACCUCUUCAUCCUGAAUCUUGCUGUCAGCGAUCUGCUAGUGGGGAUAUUUUGCAUGCCCACCACCUUAUUGGAUAACAUUAUAUCCGGAUGGCCCUUUGGGAACGUUGUCUGCAAGAUGAAUGGGAUGGUCCAGGGGAUAUCUGUCUCAGCUUCUGUCUUCACUUUGGUGGCAAUUGCAGUUGACAGGUUCCGUUCCAUUGUUUAUCCAUUUAAACAAAAGCUCACCGUGUGGACGGCGGUUGUCAUAAUAGCCGUCAUCUGGGUCCUGGCUAUUGCCAUCAUGUGCCCCUCUGCAGUGAUGCUGAAAGUGGAAGAAGAAAAACAUUUCAGAGUGAUGCUUGGCUAUGGCAACAAAACCAGCCCCAUCUACUGGUGCCGGGAAGACUGGCCCAAUCAGGACAUGAGAAAGAUCUAUACGACGGUCCUCUUCGCUAAUAUCUACUUGGCUCCUCUUUCUCUCAUUGUCAUCAUGUACGCUCGGAUAGGGAUCACUCUUUUCAGUAUAGCAGUGCCGGCCGCUGGGAAGCAAGGCCAGGAACGGCACUCUGUUUACAAGAAGAAGCUGAAAGUCAUCAAGAUGCUUCUCAUUGUGGCCUUGCUUUUCAUCCUCUCGUGGCUGCCUUUGUGGACCUUGGCGAUGCUCUCGGACUAUGCCGACCUGAACGAAGAGCAACUGCGGAUCAUCAAUAUCUACAUCUACCCUUUUGCCCAUUGGUUGGCCUUCUUCAACAGCAGCGUCAACCCCAUCAUCUAUGGCUUCUUCAAUGAAAACUUCCGCCGAGGAUUCCAGGCGGCCUUCCGGCUUCAGCUCUGCUCAGGGGACGCAAUGCCCAGGGAGACCUGUUCCCAGAGGGGGCAAAGCAACGCCGUUUUGCCAGCAGCUGUCCCCCAGCAGCCGGGCCAUCACCUGACGGCGACUGCGACGGGGAGAUCGACUCAGAAAGAGCACUGGGCAGACAAAACACAAGCGUUGAUGAUGGAAAACCUCGAAAAGGCUUCUAACAACAACGGCAUUAAACAAGACUUGGUAUAAGCUACCUCAACGGUUCAGUUUGGUGACGUUGCUGAACUAC